AUGGAUGAAGUGUACAGUAACUGGAAAAGACUCUGGUUUGAUAAUGAUGGUGUGAUUCAUGAUAGUAAAACAUGUAUAAGCAUCCAGACUGAGUGGGAAAUAAUCCAAGAUAUAUUUGCGAAGGAAGAUGAUACCAUGAAAUCGGACAUCAAAGAGCAGUUGAGGAAGAUUGCAUAUCCGACACCCACUGUUCAAAAGGGUGCUCGCAUUAGCAAAUCACCUCCACCGCCUCUUCUACCAAAUCUUCCAGAACCAUUGCCCUGGAUUGAAUUCGUUGAUGAAAUGCCGCUUUUUAUGCACAAGCACAUUGAGCGGAUUGGGAAUGUUGGGGAUGAUGGAAAUUGUGUUUUUUGGGAUGUAUCUGGAUUGCUUGAUAAAGGAGAGAACGGUCACCAACUUAUCUGCAUCGCACUUUUGAAAAAGUUGAAUACACAUAGGGAAUUAUACACGAAGUUGUAUAGCGGUAAAGCACCAUUUUCAAAAUGGAUGUGCUUCCUUGAAAAGGGUCACCUUAUAGCAAGUGCAUAUGAUAGAGUGUGUAUCGAUUUGAUAAGAUAUGGGUUCUCAGCGACAUUUUUUUCAUUACCGAGUGGUCCACCUAAAAACCCAUUCAGACGCAUCAUGUGCAUAUGGUUUCUUCCAAAUGACCUACAUUUUGUCCAGGUUAUUUUGAAACCUGGGUGUCCAAUUCCAGCUACAUCGAUCGAGUGGACGACACAUUCAACAAACGAGGAGGAAACUUGGCCGGAUAAAUUUAUGGAGAGGAUGAUAGAAUUCACCAAAUUGAUGGAGUUUGAAAGUGAAUCGAAUAAGGAAGCGUCGAAGGCGGAACCACUUGUAGAUAUAUGUGAUACUGGGUCUUUUAUGUAUUUUAGAUUGUAA